UUGAAGCAGAACAACAGCAUUAUGUUAUGUUCAUCUUCAAGACGAUCUUCUUUCUUGUUGUUACUGUGAUUCUAACAGAUUGGUGAAAGUUUAAUUGAAUUAUUAUUAUAAUAGUAUAUAGAACUAUGGAUUGAAAUAACUGUGAAUUGUAGUUUUAGAACCAACCUUUUUCGUAGAAAUUUAUCUCAUAGUUAUCAUAAUUCAAGAGCACUAUGAAGUGGUUAGCCACUGUGGUGUUGUUAGCCAUGAUGCUGGAGAGCAUCGUGGCACCUCCUGUCAUUGAAAAGAAAGAAGAUAAAAAAGAAGAGGAGAAGGAUAAAAACGCUAGAUUUGAAGACAUGGGGAUAGAAUACAACAGAUAUUUGGUUCAAGUAGUAGAGGCUCUAGAAAGUGAUCCAGACUUCCGAAAGAAAUUGGAGAAUGCAACAUCUGAAGACAUUCAGUCUGGAGAUAUUGCUCAUGAACUGGACUUUGUCUCGCACAAUGUCCGAACAAAGCUAGACGAGCUGAAGCGCAUAGAGUUGGAUCGGCUGCGGAAGUUGGCUCGGCAAGAGUAUGAGCUGGAGAACGACAUUGACACCAAACACAUGAAAAUAGAUCCUGGACAUGUUGACCACACCAACCCUCACACGUUUGAGAUUGCCGACUUGAAAAAACUCAUUGCAAAGACAUCUGAAGAUCUUGCGGAGGCCGACAAAAAGAGACGCGAUGAGUUCAAGACGUAUGAGAUGGAGAAGGAGUUUGAAAAGAACCAGAAACUCAAAGAACUCGAUGAGGACAAGAGGAAGAAGUAUCUCGAGGAACUUGAGCAGCAGAAGUUGAAACACAAACAACAUGAUCCGGUACCGCUGCACCAUCCCGGCAGUAAACAACAGUUAGAAGAGGUGUGGGAAAAACAAGACCACAUGGAGCAAGAAUUUGAUCCCAAAGCUUUCUUCUUCAUGCAUGACUUAGAUGGCAACCAAGUGUGGGAUGAAGCAGAAGUGAAGGCAUUGUUCCUCAAAGAGUUGGACAAACUGUACCAAGCAGGAGCACCAGAGGACGACAUGCGUGAACGUGCUGAGGAGAUGGAGCGCAUGCGUGAACACGUCUUCCGGGAAGCGGAUCUCAACCACGACAACCUCAUAAGUUACCAAGAAUUCCUGGCCCAGACUAAGAAGCCGGAGUUUGAGCGAGACCCGGGUUGGGAACCUCUAGACGAGCAGCAGAUCUACACUCCGGACGAGUAUGCGGAAUUUGAGCGGCGAAGACAACAGGAGAUCGAGCGGCUCAUACGAGAGGGCAAGCUUCAACCACCUCCCAUGUAUCACGCACCUCCACCUCCAAAUUAUUACCCGCCCCAGGGAUACCACCCUAACCAGGUGCCAUACCAGCAGCAGCCUCAGGCAUACCAACAACAGCAGCUCCAUCAACAACAACAACAACAUUACCAGCAACAACAGCAAACUGCUUACCAACAACAGCAACAGUACCAACAACAGAAUCCCCCGCACUACCAGCAACAACAGUAUCAGCAGCAACCGAUUGGUAAUCCACAGCAACAACAACCUUACCAACAACAACAGCAGUAUAUUAAUAAUCAACAGCCGGUUGUUAACAGCCAACAACAACCAGUUAUGAACAAUCAACAACAACCGGUUAUGAACAAUCAACAACAACCGGUUAUGAACAACCAACAACAACCAGUUGUGAACAACCAGCAACAACCAAACUUGAACAACCAGCAACAACAGCAACCUGUUAUGAACAAUCAACAACAACCGGUCAUAAACAACCAACAACAAAUGUCCAACAAUAUACCACAACAGCAACCGGUUGUCAACAGUGUUCCUCAGCAACAACAACAACAACAACAACCACCGAAUGUCAACAAUUUCCAGCAACAGCAGGUUCCCAAUAGCAAUUCUCAGCCGGUUAACAUACCACAGCAACCCAUGGGAAAUAGUAUUCCAAAUCAGGGUAACAUUCCUCAACCGAAUGCUGCGUUGAAUUCAAACAAUAUUCCAAAAGUUGCGUCUAACUCGGGCCCAGUUUUAAACAGCAUACCUCAAGGUCCAAAGUGAAGAUUGGAUACAAAAUUAUGAAGAUUAAGUUAAUAUAUAUAUAUUAAUGAAUCUCUGUAACCUAUAUUACUUCAGAUUUUUUAAUUGAUAAAAACAUUCUUUAUAGCAAAGUAUUAAUAACCAAAUUAUUCUUUUUAUUUCUAAUAUUUCAAAGUGUUUUUCUUGAAUUACAUUUAGUUACAGGGAUAACGUUUCAAUAGUAUACCAAUUUUUGUAUUGUCUAGAGAUUUUUUUAUUAAUUUUAUCUUUUGUUACAAAUUUAGAUGCAAAAAAGGUUACUAUUAUUGGUAAUUACUAAAUUGUGUUAAUAUUGAGAGUCGGAUCUAGUAGUUUUGUAUAAAUCAAUCUGUAUCAUAGUAAAUUUGUAAAAUACCAUAUUAAUAUUUAGAUCUCUACUAAACAAGGCAUUCCUUUAUUAGCAUUUAUGAAAUAAAUUGUAAAAUUAUUUAGUAAUAACUACCUCUUUUUUUAUUCUGUGGGGUCAUGAAAAAGUAAAAAUUAACUUUAAAUAGAUAUUAUCUUACCUUAAAAAAAAUCCAAAUUUGUGGAUCUAUGCAUGAUAACUAACUACUAAGUAUUAGGAGUCCUUGGAGCCUAGAAGUUCUAACUCUUACACAACUAAACAAAUAGAAAGACAAUUUCUAAUCUCACAGUGCACUAGAUAUUUAAAUUACAAUUACUUUGGUAUUUGAAACAAAUAUUUUGUAAUGGUAGUAUUCAAAUAUCUCUUUUUUUUUCAACGCCAGUGGCAUUUCACGAGAGAGUUACGAGAGAUAAAUGUUUAGUGGAUGUGCCGGGGAUUGAACCCGUCCCUCCCGCACCGAAGUCCGAGAUGUAAACACUAAUAAUUAACUCUUCAGCAUCUGUUUGAAAUAAUCCAAGAUGGCCGCUAGCCUCAAAGGACUCUUAAGUACCUUUGCAAAGAGCUUAAACAAGUCCAAAGUUCAACUAACAAUUUAUUAGUAUGUAUAUAUAUAGUUGUAUUAUAAUUUACUAUGUAAUAAACCAAAUGUGUAGUUUAAUGUAAAAGGCUCUCUUUUGUGAUCAAAAAAUCUUUUCUUGUUAUAUUAAACUGUUCUUUUUUAACAAUUCUAAAGUUACCAAUGGACAAUUUAAAAAGUUUAAGUUCACAUAGGUAAUGUUAAAAUGAAAUGUAUGUUUGCAAUGUGAUUGAUGUUAAUUAACCGUGCUGUUUGAUAAUGGAUCAAAAACUAUUUAAUAAAAUUACUAACUGCUAUUAUAACAUCUUGCUUAUGAUUAAAAGUAAAAAAACAAAACUAAUAAAUUGAAUGAAAUAUUUUCAAAACUUUGCAAGUAUGUGUGAUGAUUUGCAGUGAGUGCAGUGAGUUAUAGUAUUAAUCUAUGUACAAUGGUUGUGUGAAUAUUUUAUUUUUGCUCAAUUUCAGAUAAUAAUUAAGACUGCAACAAAAUUCUAGAACAAUUUUUUAACUGUUAUAUGAAAUAGGCUUGAAAUAGGCUCUUAACUAUUAACGUUUGUGUAAUAGUUCUUAACAGUCUUAGUUUGUGUUGAAGAAAAGGGUUUCUUUAAUUUAAUUAAGCUUAAGAAUUUUGAAUGGAUCAAAUUAAAUAUAUAUUGUUAUUCAAGAAA